CAAUGCCGGCAGCUGUUGGGGGGUCGGUCACUUUUUUUUUGUUACUCGUGCGAGCACGUUGUUUAAUUUUUUCUCGCAUUCACCGCCUUAUCAACUAAUUUCUGAUAAAAUGUCGUCCCCCUCCAUUGUGGACCUACGCUCGGACACCGUCAGCCUGCCCACGGCUGAGAUGAGGGCCCGCAUGGCCUCGGCCAUCGUCGGGGAUGAUGUCUAUGGGGAGGACCCAACCAUCAACGAACUGGAGGCGAAGACAGCGACCAUUUUUGGCAAGGAGGCCGGGCUCUUUGUGCCCAGCGGCACCAUGGGAAAUCUGCUGGCAAUUAUGGUUCAUUGCCACAAGCGCGGCACGGAGGCCCUUGUCGGCGAUUUAUCGCACGUCUUUCUCUACGAGCAAGGCGGAGCCUCACACCUGGCUGGCGUGCAAUUAGCUACGCUCAAGAACGAGCCCGAUGGCACCUUCAGCCUCACGGAGCUGCGACGCCGGAUCCGUCACGACGACUACCACGAGCCCAUCACCUCUCUGGUGGUGGUAGAGAACACGCACAACAUCUGCGGCGGCAAGGUGAUUCCUCUGGCCUUCCUCGACGAGCUGGCCAAUCUCUUGCGCCAGCCUGGAGUGGGCUGUGCACCCAUCGCCCUACACAUGGACGGGGCCCGGGUGUUCAAUGCAGCUGCCGCCUUGGGCGUCAGUGUGGCGCGCAUCUGCCAGGACUUUGAUUCGGUUUCCAUUUGCUUCAGCAAGGGCUUGUCCGCACCGGUGGGCUCUGUGCUCGUCGGCUCCCAGCGGUUCAUUUCACAAGCCCGACGUCUGCGCAAGGCUUUGGGUGGGGGCAUGCGACAGGCUGGCAUACUGGCUGCUGCUGGCCUCGUGGCUCUAGAGGAGGUGGUUCCGCUGCUCGGCAAGGAUCAUGAGCGGACAAAGCGAAUCGCAAAUGCCAUAUAUCAACUUCAGAGCCCCAAUGUCACAGUGGAUCUGGACACAGUUCAGAGCAACAUUCUCUUGAUUGAGAUCAAGCGAUCUGAGCUGACGGCCACUGAGUUUGCCGAACGCCUGGCUCAGGUCGAGCCCCAGGAGCUGGCGACUGGUGUUACGGCCAAGGACGGCUCUGGGAUCAUCCUGAAGGCCAGUGCUCGGGACUGGGCCUUUGCCCGAGUGGUGCUCUACCACCAGGUGGAGGACGAGCAGGUGGAGCUGGCCAUCAAGAAACUGACCUACGUCAUCGGGCAGUACGACCAGCGGUGGCCCCGUUCGUAGAGAGGAAUCCUUUUGAAUGCGGAUGAGGAUGCGGAUGGGGAUGGAAAGACAAACAUAAUUAGAUUUCAGUUUUGUUCGUUUAAUUAAAGAGGAGAAAGAAAUG